AUGCUGGGAAGGACACUGCAGUUGGGCCGAACGAACUUUGAGUGGCUGUCGAGGCGCCUGAGCCUUGCAGGCUUGCUCUCUAGAAGAGAAGCAGAGAAGGCAAUCGCUGCUGGGCAAGUCACGGUUAACGGAGAGACGAUUCGCAACAAUGUCGAAGUAUGCAGCGAAGCAACUGUUUGCUAUAAAGGUGCGGUUGUGCCCCCGCCCGUUGCGACGCCUCAACUCUUCGGCCUUGUCAAACCUCGACGGGUGCUGUGUGUGCUCGAAGAACGAGGGGACGUGCCAACGUUGCAUACUCUAAUGAGGCAUCUCUACGUGGAACAAGAGUUGCUGCCUGAUGAGGCUGAAGAUCUGCAGAGACAGACGCAAGGACGGCCGCUAAGGACGCGUGUGGUGCAUGUCUCAAGCACAUGGGCGAGCUCGACCCCGGCGCGGUCAAACUAUCUCAACGGAGCCAACGUUUUCGACGCCGGCGAUGAGCUCUACGGCGAUGUCGAAGAAUCAGAGGACGAAGACAGCAGCCCAGUCGCUCAGAACCGAGCCAGAGACCGACGGCGCCUCCGCUCCGCGACUAGUGAGCGUUCGAGCGACACGGAUUGCGGCCGAGCUGGAAACGAGCCAGGGGCCAGUCACAUGAGAGCGCGAGAGACAAUUGAGAGUGCCACAAGCAUGACAUACGCGAAUUCUCUCGAUGAGUUUGUUGACCGCCGUUUCCGCAUGAGCACACGUCUUCAACAUGAUACCCAACCCGUCCUUGCUGAGCUGCCGCGGCAUCUAAUUGUAGUGCGACCACUGCCUAUAGAAGCGGAUGGAUUCGUGCUGUUAACAAACGACGGGGACUUCGCCCACGCAGUGCAGAAACCCGAGAACCGCGUCCAGUCGGUGUUCGAUGUGCGCGUUAGUGGAACGCUGCCGAGCUAUCGAUUGUUGGAGAGCUGGCGCUGCGGUGUUUCGUUCGGAAGCUUCGACUUCGGCCCUGUGUGGGUUGAGCUGCUGACGGCACGGCGCAACGCUGCGUGGCUGCGGCUCCAUCUUGUCGAACGGCCCGGCAUGGACCUGCGACUUCUCCUGAGCAGCGUCGGCCUGAAGCUCCGCCGCCUGCGGCGCUACGCCAUCGGUCCCUACAGAGCCUCAGCCGUUCCCCAACAUACCGUAAUACCUUUGAAGUUCCACAGCUCGUUCUCCCGGCUGUUGCCCGUGCACAAACAGCUACAGCACCAUGCAGCUGCCGCAGCAGAGGCCCGGAUCCGUGCAGGAUGCUGGGGAGCGGCGGCGGCCGACGCGGCAGCCGCGCGAGAUGCCGCUCGUGUUGAGCGUGGAUCGGAGGCGUCUGAAGCGGCGGCUCCGCAUAUUUAUCCAUCUCGGCGCCUCGCGAUCUUCCCAGCGGCUGGCGAGUUCAAAGACUUGCUGGAGCAAAAUGAAGGUGCGGGCAACGAUCACGUGGGAGGUUGGUGUAUCUUCCAUGAAGUGAAGAAACAGUCUGUUCUGGCACCACGUCCACAUGAGAAUGGCUCAUCCUGGCAUGCACAGACACCGAGGCAAGCGCAGAUGGCCACCGAACCAGCUGUUCCGGGUAGAAUGACGGCUUCGCAGGCCAGUGUGAUGGACUGUGAGGCUCGCGGAAGCUGUGGCAACGUCUCCCGCGGCGUAGCGCGCCGCGAGGAGAGACGUACCAGCGGCUCGCCUGCUGGAGGGCUUCAGGAGGAUGCGCAGCUCAGCGGUUGCGACGUACAAGGGGGAAAUCAUGGCCUGCUUCGCGGCGAAAGUUGGAGUCAAGCCGCCAAACCAGCUCCCAGAAGCAGAGGCGAUGACGUUGACAAGACGAUGGAGGCAGGGCAUGAGAUCACCGGGCAACAGGGGAGUGCGGAUGGAGAUCCCGUUGCCAGCUCGGGCGCGCUGGCGGGGGCGGAACCGUUAAGUCUUGACCGCGAAAUGCAGGACUUAAAGGUCUCUUUCUGA